AUGCAUGUCCGCGAUACCGGCUCCUUCCCGCCGAAAACUCCCGAUAAACUGCUCGACUCUUGCGAUGGGGUUAUGCCAAAGAAAAGGAGAUUGAGACUCUGGAGGCGCGGGUCACGCCUUACCAACAAUCUUCAACCAAAAGAGACAUCAAGAAAAUAGCGAUUUGUCGGCCUCCAUUGUGGUGCGAAAGACGUGUUCAUGGGCAUGCCCUUCGACGCAGAGCUGCAACUCCGACCAAAAAAGGAACCCAAGCUCGUUGUGAGCGCGUCUCACGAAGGUCCUUAUUGAGCCCUUUUGAAAGACCCACAAACAGCGAAGAUUCUUAUCAUGGCCAUGCAAACUAUGGUAGUGUUCCGGUUUCUCGGGGAUUUUCAUCGAUGAAAAGGGAACGUGUGCAAACUCCAGAACCGACUGUCUGCUCACCGUCGCUCAUGUCAGGGGACAACAUCAAUGAGAGCCCCGAUGAGGAUCAUACCAAAGUUGGAGUGCCUUCAUUGGUAUCUUACUCUCCUUCCACUGAAACGUACAAUUCAUCAGUGCCGUGUAGUCUGAUUGUUUCCGGAAGGCGCUCGAACAGUGAUACCGACGGCGGCAGUGUCGAAGUUCAUUUUGGAGGAGGAGGCGUUGAGGUAAAGUGA